AUGAGGUCCGCUGUGCUGAUCAUUGCCCUGUUGGACCUGAAUGCACUCACCACUGACGCCUGGUUCAAAUCGGUCGGCUUAUACCCGGUUGGGGGAGCGGGACUGUACGAGCAGUGCGAGUGGCAGAUCAAUUCCGUUUUGUGCGAUGUGGGUCUGUUCUGCCAGACCGAGCGGAGGGACUUUGGUCGAUGCAUGAAGAUAAGCCCGGGACUUCAUGACCACUGCGGUGGCCCGACCGCGACAGGCACGUGGACAAGGCCCUGCAACGCCACGAACCUCGAGUGUGUGCCGAUCACGAAUGGAACGAAAGUGUGCCGGCACAAAAAAAGUCGCUGGAACACGAACAAGAUCGUUCGCUACUUUAUCCGCGAGGAGGGUAGCGAAGAGGCGUCGCCGCAAGAUUAA